AUGACGGUACGGGGCCCAUGGAAAGGAGAGCAAAAGUCUUCAAAAUUCUUCGGAAUAGUGGACUUGAGGAAAAAGAUGGUGUUCAAGGCAGUUUUGGGACUGCUUUUGGGGAUUGUAAAAGCGCAGAUAGACUUAGCCAAAGAAAUAUUCAAAGCAGAGUUAAGUAUCAAAAGCGGGAAUCUUUCGGAAGCGGAAUCUAUCUAUAAAGAGAUUUCCCGGCACUUCAGAGACAACGAUGUCUUCCGAAGCAAGUAUGCCGAGUUUCUUAUGGCCAAGGGAGAGUAUGACGAAGUAAUAAAAGAAUUUGGAAGAGAUCAAGGAAUGAAGGAGAAAAUCAAGAGAGCCCACGAGUGUUUUUCCAUAUUGCUCAGCAACAAUAUACGACUUAUUGCCACAUUGAUAAAGGAAAGCCCGUAUUCAAGACCAGUUUUGGAGUCGUACAUUCAAGUGUGUCUAAUAGAUGAAAGGUUAGAAGAAGCUGAGAAGUUUAUCAAAAAGUCAAGAUCUCUGUUUCCAAGUCGACCUGAGUUUAUUCAUCAGGAAAUGCAGCUGCACUUCCUGAAUGGAACGUUCUCCAUUGGAAUCAAAAUGCUGAGUGAUCUGGGAUACAAAGAAAUGGCAUUCUCUUUUAGAAACAUUCUCUCAGCCUAUGAAAAAAUAAAAGAAAGCAGCCUAGGUAGCAGAGACAAGUACGUGAGGCUGGACAAGUUGAUGCGAAGUAUUUCAUUGGUGGAGAGUGACAGCAACUUUUUCCCUAGCAUUUUCUCAGCACUGAAGUUGAAUGUCAUAUUCGAUCUAUGCAGAAGCGGGGUUGAAGGCGGGAUGCAGGGACUGUCAAAUAGAGCCCGAUAUCUUUACUCGAAAAGGAACAAUGAGGAUACUAUGUAUCUGUAUAUCAUGGCAUUGGUUUUCGACGGAGACAUUGAGGAGGCUGAGGAAAAAUACAGGCUGUUUGGAUUCCGAAAUGCGAAGCUUAGAAAUCACAUUGCUUAUCGGAUAGAGACGGCAAAGAUGGAAAGAGAAAAUGCAAGAAGAGAAAGGGAAGAAAAGAGACAUAGAAGACGGAGACAUAUGGAAGAUGGCUACGGCGGAAUGGCUAGAAAUAAAUGGGAUUUCCUGGGGUACUACAAGUUACUCGGAUUCAAAGAGGGUGAAAAGCCGGACGAGAAAGAGAUAAAGAAAGCGUAUCGGAAGACAGUCGUUGAAAACAAAAAAAAGAAGAAAACUAAACAACAGGAGAAGGAAUGGGAAGAGACAUUCAAGAAGGUCAACAAGGCCUUUGGUGUGCUUACGGACAAGAAGAAGCGCGAAAUGUACAAUAAGGGAAUAGAUCCUGACAAUCCUCAGCAGCCAUCAGGAUUUGGCAGUGAUCCAUUCCAGAAGAUGUUCAGAGGAUUUGGAGACUUCGAGGUCUUUGAUUUCGGUGGUGGAAGAAGAGGGGGAAGAAGAGCCACGACAACAUACUUUUACUUUUGA